AUGGUCAUCAUCGUCCUGACCAAGAGCACGAACUACGCCGAGAUCAAGCAGGUGGCCGAGACAGAGAUCGGCCUGCGCACCCAGUGUGUCAUGGACAACAACGUCGUCAAGAAGUGCAAACCCGGCGCUGGUCACCAACCUGUGCCAGAAGAUGAACGCCAAGCUGGGCGGCCCAACAACAGCCUCCUGUCCCAAGGAGAAGCCGGCUAUCUUCCUGAAGCCAUCAUCAUUAUCGGUGCAGCGUCACUCCCCGGCGCCCGGGACAAGCACCGCCCCCUCCAUCGCCGCCUGCGUCGGCAGCCUGGACUCGAUCCCAUCCAGGUUCCACUCUUCUAUUCGGGUCCAGAGGGUGACUCGACGGCCACGUCUCGGGUGGAGAUAAUCAGAGACCUGAAGGACAUGAUGAAGGAACUGCUCAAGGCCUUUUACCGGGCCACCAAACACAAGCCUGAGCGCAUCAUCUUCUAUCGGGACGGAGUGAGCCAGGGACAGUUCAUGGAGGUCCGCAACCGGGAGGUGAGCGCCAUCCGGCUUGCCUGCCAGGAGAUGUCUCCCAACGAGACCUACGAGCCGGCCCUUACUUUCAUCAUCGUGCAGAAGCGACACCACACCCGGUUCAUGCCCGCCAGCGACCGUGACGGUGUCGGCAAGUGCAAAAACGUCCCACCGGGCACCACCGUCGACUCCGUGGUCACUCACCCGCUGGACUUCGAUUUCUUCUUGUGCAGCCACUUCGGCAUACAGGGCACGAGCAAGCCGUCCCACUACUACAUCGUGUGGGACGACUCCGACUUCUCGGCGGACGACCUGCAGAAGCUCAGCUUCUACCUCUGCCACACGUACGCCCGCUGCUCGCGCAGCGUCAGCAUCCCGGCUCCGGUGUACUACGCCCACCUGGCCGCGUACCGCGCCAAGAACCACGUGAUCAGCAAGGUUGACGUCUCCAGCUCGAGCAGUGACUCGUCCGGCGCCUCGGCCGACUCGAUCACCACCAGCCAGUACGUGCAGGCCGUCAAGGUUCUCGACAACCUGCAGACGGCCAUGUACUUCGUAUGACCGUCGUCCUCGGGUUCCCGGAUCAGGUUGGUGGACGCUACGAUUUUUUACCCGUAUUGAUCAUCAUCAUCAGCCGGCCACUGCAGGACAAACGCCUCUCCCACGUUCCGCCGGUCAAUUCAGUCCUGUGCUUGAUACUCCCCACUUGAUAUCCCAAAUUUUUCUGGUUUCAUCUGCCCACCUAA